AUGUACCGCCGCCUGGGAGAGCUGCUGGCGCCCGCCCGCGCCGCCGCCUCGGCCUGCCCUCCCGUCGCUGCGGCGGAGCCCUGCGCGGCCUCGCUGCUGCUGCCGGCCGGGGAGUCCCGGCGUCGCUACAGCCAGGCGGUGGGCCGCGAGGAGGCCUCCGAGGACGACCCGAACUUCUUCCGCAUGGUGGAGGGCUUCUUCGACCGCGGCGCCGGCAUCGUGGAGGACCAGCUGGUGUCCGGGCUGCGCACCCGCGAGAGCGCCGAGGAGAAGCGGCACCGCGUCCGCGGCAUCCUGCGCAUCAUCAAGCCCUGCAACCACGUGCUCAGCGUCUCCUUCCCCAUCAAGCGCGACAACGGCGAGUGGGAAGUGGUGGAGGGCUACCGCGCCCAGCACAGCCAGCAUCGCACGCCCUGCAAGGGAGGUAUUCGUUACAGCACAGAAGUGAGUGUUGAUGAAGUGAAAGCUUUAGCUUCUCUUAUGACUUAUAAAUGUGCAGUAGUUGAUGUGCCAUUUGGUGGUGCAAAGGCUGGUGUUAAGAUCAAUCCUAGGCUAUAUACAGACAAUGAAUUGGAAAAAAUCACAAGACGGUUUACCAUAGAACUCGCAAAGAAAGGCUUUAUUGGGCCUGGUGUGGAUGUGCCUGCGCCUGACAUGAGCACCGGUGAACGGGAGAUGUCGUGGAUUGCCGAUACCUACGCUAAUACCAUAGGACACUACGACAUCAACGCCCAUGCCUGUGUGACGGGGAAACCCAUCAGCCAGGGCGGCAUCCAUGGCCGCAUCUCUGCCACGGGCCGUGGCGUCUUUCACGGGAUCGAGAACUUCAUCAAUGAAGCAUCGUACAUGAGCCUCUUGGGGAUGACUCCAGGAUUUGGAGACAAGACGUUUGCUAUCCAGGGAUUUGGCAACGUUGGUCUGCAUUCUAUGAGAUACCUUCAUCGCUAUGGAGCAAAAUGUGUAGCUAUUGGAGAAAAGGAUGGCGCGAUCUGGAAUCCCGAUGGACUUGACCCGAAGGAGUUGGAAGAUUAUAAGCUGCAACACGGAUCCAUUCUCACCUAUCCAAAAGCCCAGACUCUCGACUGCCAUAUUCUUGAAACCGAUUGUGACAUCCUCAUCCCAGCGGCCAGCGAGAAGCAGUUGACAAAAGCCAACGCUCAGAAAGUCAGAGCAAAAAUCAUUGCUGAAGGCGCGAAUGGACCCACGACCCCUGAAGCGGAUAAGAUAUUCUUGGAACGGAAUAUCAUGGUUAUUCCGGACCUUUAUUUAAACGCUGGUGGUGUGACUGUAUCUUACUUUGAGUGGUUGAAGAACUUGAACCACGUCAGCUACGGCCGCUUGACCUUCAAGUACGAAAGGGACUCAAACUACCAUCUACUAAUGUCAGUUCAGGAAAGCUUGGAAAGGAAGUUUGGGAAACACGGGGGAAGUAUUCCGGUUGUGCCCACUGCGGAAUUCCAGGAUAGAAUAUCUGGCGCCUCGGAGAAAGACAUCGUGCAUUCAGGCUUGGCCUACACCAUGGAGCGAUCCGCACGGCAAAUCAUGCGUACCGCCAUGAAGUACAAUCUCGGUCUGGACCUGAGAACAGCUGCCUACGUCAACGCGAUCGAGAAGGUCUUCAAAGUGUACAACGAAGCCGGUCUGACCUUCACAUAAACGGCUCCUCGGUCUCAGCCUGACACACCCGUGUUCUGAGUCCCGUUGGGAAAAAAAAAAAAAAGCUUACGAGAAGUUUACACAGAAAUCCCUUUCUCAUUUAGCUUCCGUUCAAGCUAGUCUUUUUUUUAUAUAUAAUACUGGGGGGUGGGGUGGGGAAUCCAUGGAUUUAGGAUCCCGCGUCGAGAGACGACUAAAGAUAACCAGCUCAUCUGCACCGCCUAGAGUUUUGUAGGUUUCCUCUUGCGAGGCUACACCUGUUCCCUUUUCUUGUACGGAAGCGUGGCCUUGCCCCACUAAGCAACUUAGCAUCGCUUCCGACCACGUAUAACGCUGAAGCAAAUAUUAACUGUUCAAGCACUUUGGCUUCAGGCAAUGCUACACCUGUAGUUUUAGGCACUUUUGAGUUAAAGCUCUUUGGAUCGGUUCUGAAGACUGAAUGGGUGACCUUCAGGAAAUAACUUAGAUUUUUCCAUUUUUACAGUUACAGGAGCCAGAAGCCUUGUUCUCUUUCAGUAAAGAUUGUAUUUCUUUUUCAUUUUUUUUUUUUUUAAUCUUUGCUCCUGCUACAGGCCUGCCUCUAAAUCAUGUACUUAGCCUCACCUUGAUUUAAGCACUGACCGGUUGUACGCAAAAGACAGGAGUUCCAGGAAUUGAUUCUUUUUAUAAGCUGAACGAGCAUCAUUGAUGUACAGAUACCCAGGGGAGGAGAAUGGCUUAUUGUUUAAUCUUGUCACUACAUAUCCACUUAGCUUAUGUAUUAUUAUUACUUUUUUUUUUAAAAAAAAAAAAGGAUAACACGUACUUGAGCAUAACCUUGGGACAGUCUGAAGAAUUUUUGUAAAGUUUUUAUUCUUGUAUUUUAGUUUAUGAAGUGCUUUUAGCAUUAGCAUUGGCCCGUUGAACAAUUAAACGUAGAAACUAUUGGCACCAAGAGGAUUGGCAGGCACACUGACGUAGUUUUUGCUCCAUUCAUCUGGAAAUGCUGAUGUUGGGAAAAAUUGGUUAGAGGCGGGCCUUGAAUCAGGAUUGGAUUGUUCCCGUAGCUGCCUUGAAGGUCUCGACAUGGUCUUGUGUCCAGAUGAAUUCUAUAAAGUGCCAGAUUUAUUUGUCUAAUCAGUUAGGAUGUUUUUAAAAAACACCCCAGCCUCUCCUGGAAAUUUGUGCUUUUUUUCCCCCUAGCUCCUUUAUAAUUCAUGACAUAACAUGGCAACGAAAGCAAUUAUUAAAAGUUGACAUUUUGAAACAUA